CCCCUGCCGCCUUGGCGCGCUUUAGAAACCCGCUCCCGUUUCGUGUAAAUUUCGGAGUCGCAGCAUCUCCGGGGGCUUAGUCCUACCGCUCUAAAUCUGCGGCUCCUCACCGCCCCCAAACGCGCGCAGCGAUGAGGAGGACCCGCGAAGAGGUGGACGCGACGCUGCAGGUCGCCAAGCUGAACCCAGCGGAGUUGCUCCCGGCGGUGCACUGCCUCGGUUUCAGCCCGGAGGCCAGCCCGGCCGCGGCCGGCGACUUCUACUUGCUGGAGCUGGAUCCCGCGCUGUGCCAGGAGUUGGAGGCAGGGCGCAGCAUGGUGAUUCGCGGUGACAGAGAUGAGCAGGCGGUGCUGUGCAGUAAGGACAAGACAUACGACUUGAAGGUCGCAGGCACUUCCAAUAUGUUGCUUUUAAUCCCUGAAUGUAAAACUCCAGACCAGCUGAAGAAGGAAGAAACCCACUGUAACAUUUUCCACUCUGAGAUCUUUGGUUUUUCUAAUAACUAUUGGGAGCUCAGAAGAUGUAGGCCUAGAUUAAAGAAGCUGAAGAGACUCUUGAUGGAAAACACGUAUGAAGGACCUGACAGUCAAAAAGAAAAGGAUUCCAGCUGCUCAAAAUAUACAACUGAAGAUUUGCUUGAUCAAAUUCAGGCAAGUGAGGAAGAAAUAAUGGCCCAAUUACAAGUGCUAAAUGCCUGUGAGAUUGGAGGUUACUGGAGGAUUCUUGAAUUCGAUUAUGAGAUGAAACUUCUGAAUCAUAUAACCCAGCUUGUGGAUUCUGAAUCUUGGUCUUUUACUAAAGUCCCUUUGAAUGUGUGCCUUCAGGAACUUGGGCCGUUAGAGCCAGAAGACAUGAUUGAACACUGUCUUAACUGUUAUGGAAGAAGAUACACAGAGGAAGGUGAAAUUUAUUUCGAAUUGAGCGCUGACAAAAUCUGUAGAGCAACAGCACAAAUGCUACUUCAGAAUGCAGUGAAAUUCAACCUCGCCGAGUUUCAAGAAGUGUGGCAGCAGAGUGUCCCUGAAGGAAUGGUCGCGAGGCUGGACCAGCUGCAGGGUUUGGCCUUGGUGGAUAGGCAGUCAAGACCAGAAAUCAUAUUUUUGCUAAAAGUAGACGAUUUACCUGAAGAUACGCAGGAACGUUUUAAUAGUCUGUUCUCUCUACGGGAGAAGUGGACAGGAGAAGAUAUCGCUCCAUAUAUUCAAGAUUUAUGUGGAGAGAAGCAAACCAUAGGUGCAUUACUCACUAAAUAUUCUAGAUCUUCGAUGCAAAAUGGUGUUAAAGUUUAUAACUCAAGAAGACCCAUUUCUUAAAAGAAUGACAAUCUUUUCUUUGGGACUAAAGUUGCUAGUUUAAAAAAAAAGAUUCUUUUAUACAUUUGUAUUCCAGACAUUUAAAAACCUCAUGCUUUGAGCCAUUUUUCUGUUCAUCUUAAGCAUUUUGAAACUACUGCUGUUCUUUUUCCUUAAAUGUAAUUAGGAUAUUUCUGUCUUUCAAGUUAUGUUUUAUUAGGUAUACAAUGUAAACAAGGAUAAAAACAAAGGUAUUUCUCAUGUUUA